UUUUUUUUUUUUUUUUUUUUAAAACAAAGAAGAGGGGAAAAAAAAAACGGAUCAGCUGGCUGAUAAAGAGGGUAGUAGUAGUAGUGGUAGUGGGAGGAGGGGUGGGGGUCGGAGGGGAAUGGAUGGAUUGGAUGGGCUGAUAGAGAGGCUGUUGGAAGGAAGGAAGAGUAGAGGGAAAAAGAUUCAGCUUGCAGAGUCGGAAAUCCGCCAACUUUGCGUUACUGCCAAGGAAGUCUUCCUCAGGCAGCCUAUUCUUCUUGAAUUAGAGGCUCCCGUUAAUGUUUGUGGUGACAUACAUGGUCAAUUUCCAGACCUGUUGCGACUGUUUGAGUAUGGUGGUUUUCCACCACAUGCAAACUACCUGUUCCUUGGAGACUAUGUUGACAGAGGAAAACAAAGCAUAGAGACUAUAUGCCUUCUGCUUGCUUACAAAAUCAAGUACCCUGACAACUUUUUCCUCCUUCGAGGAAACCAUGAAUGUGCAUCUAUCAACAGAAUCUAUGGAUUCUAUGAUGAGUGCAAGCGCCGCUUCAGUGUCCGUCUCUGGAAGAUAUUUACUGAAUCCUUCAAUUGUUUGCCCGUAGCUGCAGUGAUUGAUGAAAAAAUCUUGUGUAUGCAUGGUGGGCUUUCACCAGAAAUGGAGAGAUUGGAUCAGAUACGAGCUAUAGAAAGGCCAGUUGAUGUUCCAGACCAGGGGCUCUUGUGUGACCUCCUUUGGGCUGAUCCUGACAGAGACAUUAAAGGGUGGGGUGAGAAUGAUAGGGGUGUUUCCUAUACCUUUGGAGCUGACAAGGUGACUGAGUUCUUGAAGAAACACGAUCUUGAUCUCAUAUGCCGUGCUCACCAGGUGGUUGAAGAUGGUUACGAAUUCUUUGCAGAGAGGCAGCUGGUUACCAUAUUUUCAGCACCAAACUAUUGUGGAGAAUUUAAUAAUGCGGGUGCCCUGAUGAGUGUGGAUGCAAGCUUGCUUUGUUCGUUUCAGAUUCUCAAACCAUGGAAAGGGAAAACAGCACAUCUGGAAUAAAAGUCCAGGCAUUGGAGAAGGAAGUUAAAAAUAAAACUGUGAACUAUAAAGAGAAGAGAAUCCUGGUGGAAGACAAAAAUAUGCAUUCUUGCUGUAAGAUUAGAGACUUAUUCGGCUGUGAUUUUAAGAGGCGGAGAAUUAUGUUUGUAAUCAUACAGCUACCGUUCAUGCAACCAAGGCAGCAAUAACAAGGCCGUGUAUAUAACCCCUUCAUAGGCUUAAUUACCUUCUGCUCUUUUUCUUUCUUUUUAAGUUUUACCUUCACGAAAAUUGCUUUGUAUUCUCAAAACCUGACUGUACACAAAUAACAAGUGUAGUAUUUGUAUUUCUUUGUGAAGAAAUACUUAAAAAGCCUCGACAAUUUACAGUUUACACUCCUGUUAUUGUUGUUUUACGUCAACUUUUUCUUAAAAUGCUACUUUUCCAUUUCAUGUC